CAACAUUGGUUUGUCAAAUUGACAUUUGAUAAAGAACUGGAAAUUUUGAUGUCGAGGCUUUAAUUACGUGAAAAAUAAGCAAAAUAAUCUUAAAUUCUAAUCGGUCGAACUUAAACAGCUUAUAAUUACUCGCAAUAUUGAUAAAUAUCUGUAGAAUUAUGUUGACGAUCAAAUAAUUUGGAAUUUAAAUAGACAAAGCCUAUUUUUAGUAAAGAGUGCAAGAUUGUAAUUGUUUUUAUGAAUGAAAAGAAAGCAGAAAAAAUGGCGCCCGCUGACAUGUAAACAUGCCCUAAGAUAACACAUUACGAUUUAUUUAUAAAAAGCCUCAAGUUUCAAGCAAGAUAUUAGUUUUAAAUAUAAUUUGAACAUUUGUUAAUAAUGAUGUCUUGCGCGGGUGUAUGUAGCAGAGUUGAGAAUAUGGAUGAACUGACCUCGCUAGAACGCGAGAUUGCCGAAAUGCACCAUGUGGAUCCACCUAAAACUGUGGAGUACCUUGGAGGCGAUAACUUAAACUCUAGCAAUAGUGAUGCCAGUAACCAGGUGUUUUGUAGUGAAAAGGCGUCUCUUCAGAAAUCAAAACUGUCAAGCACGCAAAUUUUAGAUAACAUCAAUCCUGAAGAAGCCACCAAUUUUCCACAAAGUGAUCCCGUUAAUGAAGGGUCUAUUUUACCGGAAGAAAAUGAAUGUACGGCCUUAGAACAUGAAGAUUUGAUUGCUGUCCUAAAAGGCAUUGACGAACACACGAAUAUUAUAAAUGUGAAAGUAGAAAAAGACGAUGACCAGGACCAGCAAUAUAUCCGGCCGCCAUCUAUUACAGAAAGUGAGUUGGCUGAAGGAGUAACCAUUGAAGGUGAGGGCCAAUUUCAAAUUAUGGAAGUAGUAUAUGAUGAAUUAGAUGAACAUGAGACAAUAUCAAAAGAAACCGAAGAUGCUCGAAAUAUUCAGGCUUCUUCAUCUCAGCGUGUGGUAAAUAAUGGCGCAAGCGCAAUAUCACACUUAACGAGUGAAGAAAUACGUGCAAUGGCCAUGGAACAAAUUGCCGGUUUGAAUGCUCGGGGCGGUGACCGUCAGCGAAAACGCAAGCAAGAUAUCAAACCCUUGAAAGUGGAAGAAAGCUCCGAUUUGGUGAGCUCACUUGGUGCAGAUUGGAGUGACGAUGACAAUGAACUUGCAACGAAAGCUUCAUCCGGCUUAGUUAGCUCAAAACAAAGCAAUUCUACUUCCGAGAUCAAAAAUAGAAAAAGUGAACUUGAAAAAGAUAUAAGCAAUCAAGAACGCGAAGGAAAAGAAUCAACAAACAAAAACACGGACCUGAAUAUAGUAAAACUAGAGAAAGUGGAGUCCGAUAACUUACAUGAAGACACACUUCCGAUGGUAGAACCGCUUAUAAAUGACGAGCCUACUAUAAAACCUGUAGUAGGUUUCAAGCGCACACGUAUUAUAAAACCAAAAAUAAUAUGGGACCCUGACGCACCAGAAACUCAAAUUUCAUAUGCGCAAUUCGCACGCAACAGUUCCAAACUAAAUUUGGAUGCUGAAAGCCCGUCUUCAAAGAUAGUAUCGCAUAAAACAUCUGCAUCUAAAAAUCAACACAACGAGUUGAAAGAAAAGAAAUCAUCUUUACAACGCCAAAAUGAUCCUGAAAAUAAGCAACAUCGGGGAUCAGAGCUAAAAGUAUGUUCUGGCUCCCCUGCAACAAAGAAAAAGGAAACUAGGUCCUCAUCGCCUGCAGGUAACUCUUCAAAUCGAAAUAAAAAUGUCAGUCAAGAAAAUACGAUGAAAACUCAGUCACCCGUGAAACGGCGAUCUCAGACACCUAUCAUAAAUGGAACUGGUAGUGGUGCUGGUUCAAAGAAAAAAAAGUUAAGUGAAAUCGACCGUUUAGUAAGCGAUGAAGGUGCUGCUAAUAUGCUACAUUCCUUGGAGAGCGAGAGAAGUAAAUUAAUUGCAGAACAAGGUGUCGAUAAGCCACAAAAACAUUUAAUGCGCAGCCGCGCAGCUACAAUUUCAGAAAAGAUAUUGAAGAGAGAAUCUACACCAACAUCUGGGAAAACAACACCAACAUCUGGGAAAACAACACCCACUCCAACCAAUAGUGGAGGUACAAGAAACAAGCGUACUUCUAAACAAAAACCAUCAUCAACUUGGGAUUAUGUGUAUAAACAAAAAGCUAGUGAGGAUGCAAUGAUUAUUAGACGACGCUCUAAUAGUUCUUAUUCGAGCAAUGCGUCAGUGCGACGUCUUAGUUUAGAUACAGCAAUACCGAAUGCUCAAAAUGUCUCCAAAACAACAGCAACGACAAAAGCUGGGCAACAAAAAAUAACACCGACCACGACUACUGGUACAAGCAGUUCGGUAACAAAAACUACCCAAAGGAGUUUGUUAAAAACGUCAAACGAAAAUAAUAAUGCAUCUGUUGAAAGUUCUGAUGCCAGCAUAAGUGCCAAAAUAUCCGCUGGCAACUCUUUUGAGUUCGCUAAACCUGAAUCAAAAUCUAACCAAAAAAACAAUAGGCGUGUAAAGGGUGUCAGUCAUGGUGAAGAAUCCUCGACAAAUGAAACUAAAAAGCCAACAGUAACACCUGGUACACGAAAAGGCUCCCGUAGCCCAGCCAGCGUCGAUGAAAGAGACAAAAACAAGAGCACCGGAGUAAGCGCAAAAGUAUCUCCGAAGCAGACGAAAGAGGAUUCCCCGGCCGGAUCCAAUGCUUCAGACGUGGUUGUAAAAAAAGUUGCAAAGGUUGCACAAAUAGUGUUCAACACCCAGAAGGCGAAAAUUAAUUAUACAUUCACCGCCCAGAUGUUGAAUAAGUUGGUUGAUAUUUUAGAGAAACUCAGUAAAGAUGCAGAAUGUAAUGCCGUGGUGAUCACGACUAACGCUCCUAAUUUCUGUCACGGCAUCGAUUUUACGGAUUUAACAUUUGGCACAUUGGAGAAGCGCAAACUAACAGCAGUAUAUUUAGCAACGGCGGUUAAGAACUAUCUAAAGAUGUUGGCAACAUUCCCAAAGCCAUUGGUAGCUGGUGUAAGCGGCAGCAAUAUUGGAUUGGGUGUGACGCAAUUACCAUUGUUUGACGUAGUAAUUGGUAGCGACAAAGGUUCAUAUGAAACUCCAUAUGUCAAAAUAGGACAAGUCCCCGAAGGAUAUUGCUUUUGGAAUAAUUCAACCAAAAUCCGUGAUAAUUAUAAAACCAAACUUUUUUGGUUGGGAGAGAAAUUACAUUCAACUGAAUCGGCGCUAUCUGGAUUAGUGCACAAACUUACCGCUUCGNGUACGUACAGUGCCGGUCACUUGAAUAGCGUCGUCUUUCGAUCCUCAUCAUAUCGAUUUAUGAAGAAAGCUGUUAUCACCAAUCAUUUAGAAACAAUCAAUAAGUCUCUGGACGAAGAAUUCGAGACCAUCAUUGAACAGUGGACAUCGGCGGAAAGUUAUGAAAGUUUCAAAAAGUAUUUGGAGAGUGGUCACUUUUAA